AACUCGGUACCAACGGAGGUCUCCUCUCGAUCAGGUCCGCGCUCUCCGUGAUCAUAAGCCUUCCACGUCGCGCUCGUUGCGAUUACAUCGUCCAGCAUCGCGCAGAAAGUUUCCUAACCACCUGGAUCAGCGUUUGAAUAACCUGGACCAAGUCCCGGUUGCGCAGAAAGGCUCGUUUCGCCUUCAGGUGUAUCCGCUGUUCAUCCGUCAGCCGGUCUGUCGGACGCGACUGCCCGCUCGCCGCUCGUCCAACCAACUGGGGGACUGAUAGCGGGCGCAGAAAAUCGAAGACACGUGGCAAUCGUGACGGAGAAUGCAUCAGAAAGCGGACCGACCGUGAUCGAUUCAGGGAAACGAGAGAACAUCCAGUUAGUUAUUCGCGUUACUUUCGCGGUAUCAAAACACGCGGUAUCCACAUAAGUUUGGUGCGGUCGAGCCGUUUGUUCAGUUUAUUGAACCCCGUGAUGCCAAGAACCGGCGCGAUGACACACAGAAGCAGGACCAGGACGAUAGUCCUGCUGGGCCUGGUGCUCCUCACGCUUCUGGUCACCGUCAACGGCACACCUUACAAGAGGUCCCUGCUGAGGCUGUGCUCGAAGAACCUCAGCGACGCGCUGUACCUCGCCUGCAAGGGUCGAGGAUACAACGAACCGUUCUCCUACAGUGGCGAGGAUGACCCACAGGACUCCUUGGGACCAGGACUCGCGGAGGAGUGCUGCUACCACCAGUGCUCCUACGCGCAGCUCGAACAAUACUGCAAACCGGAUAAGAACAAUCCCGUGGACGUCGAGAAAAACUCGAUCUGGAUCGAGAAAUUACCGUAUCCGUCCACGAGGCCGGGAACGUCGUCGUUGGAGGAGAAAUCGAGAUCUGAUAUCGACUAUGUAGUCGGUCCGAUCAAGUGUAAGAUCCAUGGGUCAAAAGGGGCACGGAAGAAGGGGACUAAUGUGGACCGCGACGACGACGCCGCCUGCUGCGAUGGAAAAAACUCGCAGAAGAGGCAUCGUGGCGGUCAUUUUGGCUGCAGGCAUCGACGACAGAGGCGUCGUCGUCCUAGCAAGGCAUUAGAAAGAAUGCUAGCAUCGAACUCGCCAAGAUCAGCGAACAAGAGUUCACCGUUCCCUUAAAGAAGCGAAUCGCCCCGUCCAAAGAAAUCAAGAGAGAGAAACGACGAUGUCCUCCAUCUUUGGUACCGCAGGCACCAACAAUCUCCGUUCUUUCUCCGCGAAGCAAAAUUGAAAAAAAAAAAAACAAGAGAA